UGCGCUCUUAAGAAUAUGCAUUUGUUUUCUCUGUUAAAAAUCCGGAUUUUUUGGUAAUGUCAACAAUCUUCAUCGUUUAAAAAAAAUACAAAAUUUAAGUGCAAAAUAUAUCUAUAAUUCAUAUUUAAAAAUAAUAAGUAUGAACAAAAUUUUGGGUUCAGCGACUUUGCUUUCUAAAUUUCGCGGCUGCCUUCAGGGUGGCCUGAUGGGAGAUUGUUGCGGAGCUCCUUACGAAGGUGAAAAGUUAGACAAACCCCAAAAGUAUCAAUUGCAAAAAUCUUUAGAUGAACUUGAAGCUAAAUCGGUCAAAGUUUUAAAGCCGUACACAGAUGAUACAGCAUUGAGUAUAGCUUUGGCAACAUGUUUAAUUAAAAACGGCAAACUACCACAUAAAGAAUUAGCGAAACAAUUUUGUAAAUCUUAUUUUUCAAAUACUAAUCGUGGAUUUGGUGGCGGCAUACCUAAGGUAUUUAUUAAGUUGAGAAGUUCAAAAUUUGAAGAUCCCUUACUCCCAGCAAAAGAGCAAUUCAGUGGACAUGGUUCAUAUGGGAACGGCGCCGCGAUGCGCGUUGCGCCAGCUGCUUUAUUUUGUUUUAACCAACCUGUAGAAAACCUUAUAAAGUUGGUAAAAGAUUCGGCUGUUAUCACACAUACUCAUUAUUUAGCUAUAAAUGGGGCAAUAUUACUUGCUUUAGCUAUAAACUACUGCCUAAAAAUUAAACCGGAUGAAUUCAACGAACAAAAUUUUUUGACUUACUUAAAAUAUGAAAUGCAGAAGAUAGAGAACGAAGGAAUCGAUAUGGAUGACCCUAGCGAUGAAUACGUAAAGCAAAUAUUAAAAAUCGAAGAAUUAUUGAAGCGGGAACCGUCAGACGAGAUGGUUAUAAAUAAAUUGGGAAAUAGUGCAGAGGCCUUGUUUUCGGUUCCAACAGCAAUUUAUUGUUUUCUAAGAGCGCAGAACACAAUUAAAAAAAUUGAAACUAAAAAUGUGAUUAGAAGAACAAUUGAAUAUGCAAUUCAUUUGGGUGGUGAUACCGACACGAUUGCAAGUAUGGCAGGUUCGCUAGUCGGAUCUCUCUAUGGAGAAGAAUUUAUAUCAAAAAAUAUUAUAAGUUAUUGCGAAGCAAGCGAAGAAAUUUCUAAAAUAGCGAGUCAAUUGUAUGAAAAUUGGGUAAAGUUAAAUACUUGACAGCGAAAAAUUCUCAAUGCGUCUGUAACAUGUUAAAUUAAGCCAAGUAGAAUCAGUUAGUUUUUGUAAUAGUUCUUAAAUCAUAUCAGAAAUUGAACCUCGUUUGUAAUUUUCAAUAAUUGUAUGUAUCUAGCUAUUUAGCUAAAUAUUUUAUUAAAAUAUUUUAAAAUUUAUAAAAAAUUAUUUGAGCUAGGUAUCUUAUAUGCACUGCAAAGUUUUAACAAACUUUGGUAAUUUUCUUAAGGUUUUUGUAUAUUUGAACAUUCCUUAUGUUUUCAAAAUAGAUUCAGCUUAGAUUAUUGCUAAGGGAAUCCAACUAAUUUAAAAUCCAUUUAAACGUGUCGCCGGUGUUCAGCGUGAUUCAUGUAAAAUGUAAUGUUUCCAUAAAAAAAUAUAAACGUUGUUCCUUUAGAUCUUCAAUUAAAGUUAAAUUAAAAAAAGAAGGAUUUCAGGAAACCAAAAUAUCAAUUUUAAUUCGAACCAAAGUAAACACCAAAAACAAAAAACAAUGAUAUGGACAAUGACAUGAUUAGUUAUGAGCCGUAUGCGAACUUAAUUGACGCACCAAGUCGAUUAUUGAUAUGAAAUUAAUUGCAGCGAAUAUCAAAAAUUUUCAGUCAUACUAAAUCGGCUUUUUGAUCAAAAUUUUUUCUUGUAAACUUUGGAAAAUAUGGAAAAAAGUGUAAAAAAUUCCAAUUCUGAAAAACUUCAGUUGCAUUAAAACACCUGAAUUUUGAAGAUAUUUUUAUAUGUAAAAUUUAGAAAUUGUAAAAAUCUUAUUUCGGAGUUUGGCACAAAAAAUAUCUCCGAAAACCCUUCUUUUUAAGAUAAACCUUCACUUUUACAGCGCUGCUCACAGUACUAAUGCGUGCCGUCAAAGAUCAGUACAAAUGCGUGCAAACAAUCUUUUUCAAAAAUAGGGCCACUUUUCACUUUUUUGUACCCUUUCCAAUUUCUCUCAUUCUUGGUAUUCAAUUAGAAAAUGGAAUGAAAAAAUUUUCCAGUUCAAUUGUACAUUUUACAUGGGCCGUCCUCGAACCAAGUGUAGGCGAUUCACUCGAUUAUGUAUGCACGGAUAAAACUACUUUUUAUCAAGUACAUGAAUUUGAUUCAGUUUUGGCAGCUUCGGCAAUACUUUCUUGCUCAAUUUACCACUUUUGUUCAAAAAUUUUUUCCCUAUAAUUUCGUUUUAAGAAAUUUUUCAUAUAUACAAAUGCCAACAGAAAUACAGGCCAGGACUAAGAGCGACAAUUCACAACUGGCGAAUUUACACGUGUUCUUAUGGAAGCUGUGAGUGAACCUUUUUAACAUCAUAAAUCCCUCAUAAGAUCAACUUUCUUUAAACUUUUUCAAAUUUUUAAUUAGACAAAGUUAAAAUUCAAUCUUUCUCUACAUUCCUAGUGCUCAUAUUUUUAAAAUUUUGUGUUAAUAAACCAUUAAUAAAUUGAUUUAAAAAAAAACUUUGUAGGCUCUGUUUAUUUUUUUAAAAUUUCAAUGUACGCUACAAGAAAAUAAAAUU